AUGGAUAUUCUGACAUUUAAAGGCGCCUCAUUGGACUGGAGAGUCUCCAUUUUGCUUUUCUCUGUUGUCGCUGCGGUUAAUGGGCAAAUCCGUUACUCUAUUCCAGAGGAGAUGAGAAAAGGAUUGUUUGUCGGAGACCUUGCAAAAGACCUGGGCUUGGAUGUGAAAAGGUUGGUUUCUGGUCGAGCUCGACUUGUUAUUGAUGAAGACAGCCAGUAUGUCGUGCUGAACCAGAACAAAGGGCACGUUGUUGUCAACGAACGAAUUGACAGAGAAAAAUUAUGCGCCAAGAAAUCACCGUGUAGUUUUAGCCUGGAAAUUGUCUUAGAAGAUCCACUUGAGUUGUUUUCCAUUACCAUCGAAAUACAAGAUAUAAACGAUCAUGCUCCUGCGUUUCCCAAAAAGGAAAUUAAUUUGGAAAUUAGUGAAUCGACGCCCACAGGAACAGUAUUCUUGCUUGAUAGCGCAGCUGAUCCUGAUGUAGGAAUAAAUUCACUGCAAAGUUACUCUUUGAAAGCAAAUGACCAUUUUGUUCUCAAACAACACACUCGAUCAGAUGGGAGUAAAUACGCUGAAAUGAUGCUUCAGACUGGUUUGGACCGAGAGGAGAAAAGCGAGCAUACGCUCAUAUUAACGGCUGUGGAUGGUGGGGAGCCGCAGAGGUCUGGGACAGUGAGGAUACACGUAUCUGUUCUGGACGCAAACGACAAUGCACCCGUUUUUACGCAGACUGUAUACAAAGCGUCUGUAUUAGAAAAUGUCGUGCGAGGCACAGUCAUCGCCAGAGUCAGUGCGGUAGAUGUGGACCAAGGUUAUAAUGGUAACGUAACUUAUUUUUUCACCCACCUGGAGGAGGAUUCUUCUUGUCCUUUCGAAAUUAUAUCAUACACGGGAGAGGUUAAACUCACCGGUGACAUUGAUUACGAAAUUUCACCGUAUUACGAAAUAAACCUUCAAGCAAAAGAUCCAUGGGGUGUGGUUGGUGUCAGCAAAAUAAUUAUCGAGAUAGUAGAUGUAAAUGAUCACAGGCCAGUAAUCACAAUGGCUUCAUACUCGGGUAAGAUUUCAGAGGAUUCUGCUCCCGGUACUGUUGUGGCGUUGAUUAGUCUCCAAGAUAAAGAUUCCGGUAAAAAUGGGCAGGUUCAUUUAAAUAUAGAAGAAAAUCUCCCUUUCAAAAUCAAAUCAUCCCUCAGAAAUUAUUACACCUUGGUCACGGAGCAAAACCUCGACCGAGAGAAAUGUUCCAAGUACAAUAUUACUCUCACUGCCACAGAUGAGGGCACACCUGCCUUAUCAAGCCGAAAAACUGUGGUUUUAGACGUGAAUGAUGUUAAUGACAACGCCCCGGCUUUCAGCCAAAGUCUUUACAACACUCAUGUAAUGGAAAACAAUUCUCCUGGUGUCGCUCUCUUGCAGAUUCACGCAACUGAUCCAGAUCAGGGUCAAAACGCACGCAUAUCAUAUUUUCUUAUUGACAGCCAGAUUAAUGGAAAUCCGGUUUCCUCAUAUUUCUCCAUUAAUACAGAAAGUGGAAUGAUUCAAUCUUUGCGUUCACUUGAUUAUGAACAAAUCAAAGAACUGAUGUUCGUCGUCAAAGCUCAGGAUGGAGGCUCUCCUCCACUCAGCAGUAACGUGACUGUGAAAAUACUGAUCCAGGACCAGAACGACAACCCCCCUCAGGUUCUGUACCCAGUCCAGACUGGUGGCUCUCUGGUGGCUGAGAUGGUGCCUCGUUCAGCAGAUGUGGGCUAUCUGGUCACUAAAGUGGUGGCUGUGGAUGUGGACUCUGGACAGAAUGCCUGGCUCUCCUAUAAACUGCAGAAAGCCACAGACAGGGCGCUGUUUGAAGUGGGCUCACAGAAUGGAGAAAUAAGAACUAUCCGCCAAGUCACUGAUAAAGACGCAGUGAAACAAAGACUGACUGUUAUAGUGGAGGACAACGGGCAGCCCUCUCGUUCAGCUACAGUUGUUGUUAACGUGGCGGUGGCGGACAGCUUCCCUGAAGUGCUGUCGGAGUUCACUGACUUUACGCACGACAAGGAGUACAACGACAACCUGACUUUUUACUUAGUGUUGGCUCUGGCUGUGGUUUCCUUCCUCUUCAUCACGUGUGUAGUGGUUAUUAUCUCAGUGAAAAUCUACAGGUGGAGACAGUCUCGCGUCCUGUAUCACUCCAAUCUCCCUGUGAUUCCAUAUUAUCCACCACGUUACUCAGACACUUUGGGGACAGGGACUCUCCAACACGUGUACAAUUACGAGGUGUGCAGGACGACUGACUCCAGAAAGAGUGACUGUAAGUUCGGCAGAGCUGGUAGUCAGAACGUGCUGAUCAUGGACCCCAGUUCUACAGGGACGAUGCAGCGGAUACAGAAUGAAAAGAGCAUCCUGGAUGAACCAGACUCUCCUCUAGAGUCCUUCAGGACGACUGACUCCAGAAAGAGUGACUGUAAGUUCGGCAGAGCUGGUAGUCAGAACGUGCUGAUAAUGGACCCCAGUUCUACAGGGACGAUGCAGCGGAUACAUAAUGAAAAGAGCAUCCUGGAUGAACCAGACUCUCCUCUAGAGUGCUACUGUGACAAGUUCUUUGAGUAG